ACCAAGAUCAAGAUUCCCCUCUCCCUCUCUCCCUCCCUCCUCUUUUCAUCAAUUUUCUCUCUCUCCCUCUCCCUCUCUCUCCCUUAGUGCCGUGUCUUUCUCUCCAGGAGGCAGCAGACGUCUCUCCCGUCUCUCCUUCCCUCCCUCCCUUUCCUCCAGCAUGGACAAGCCGGUACGGUUGGCAUCCCUGGCUAUGGUGGCACUUGUGGUGGUGGCAGCCCUGACUACGAUGGCGAUGGUGGUUGAGAGUGCCUCGGUGCGAGAACGUAAACCCACAAACCACUCCAAUAACACUUCAGUCAUUGCAGUGCCUUCAGAUCUACUGGUGCGCCUAGUGGAGGUGACACAAUCCCUUCAUAACUUGCUGCCGCGCCGGAGUGUAAGCGACGGAAACAUUGAGGCGACCCAAGAGACCGCUGGGCUAAAAGGUGCGUCUGGUGAGGAACGGAUUCUUACACUUGCACUGACACAACACGCGCUGCUGCAACACAGAAUGGAGGAACUUCUGACGCAAACGGGAAGGUGUCAAGCCCAGGUGGAGGCGCUGCAGGAGGACAAGGAGGAGCUCAAGAGGGAAAUUCAAGCCACGAAGGAGCGAAUGACGACAAAAAACAAACACACACUUGAAUUUCCCGCCAAAAGUGACCACGGUUGUAAAUGUAAACAGACUGACUCCGACGCACCCAAAAGGACUGCAAUGCUCUCUACCACUGCUACUAUCGAUACUACUACUGCAAUAACUGUCCUCACUGCUCCGCCUGGUCCUCCUGAGUCUACUACUAUCACUAAUGGCAGGAAUAGUAGCACUGGGCGGAUAGUAGACCGUGUUUCUGGUGGAGCGGUGACUGAAACUACUUCUAUUACUAUUAUUCCGACUACUACUGCUGCUACUACUAUUGCUACUACUACUACUGAGAGUGUGGUUGUGCUUGGAUCUGGUGUAAGAGUGAAGGAAUGCGCGGGGCACCAGCUGGCGGGAGCGAGAGAGAGCGGAGUGUAUGAAAUUUAUCCCUCAGAAUGCCGUCCAGUCAAGGUGUGGUGUGACCUGGAGACGGCAGGAGGCGGGUGGACAGUCUUCCUUAACCGUCAGGAGACAGAGAAAACGGGAAAAAGACAGGAAAAUUUUACAAGAGAUUGGAAAGAUUACAGCCUCGGAUUUGGCGAUGUUAACGGCGAAUAUUGGCUUGGUAACGAAAUUUUGCACAGGCUCACCUCCAGGGAGCCUCACAUACUGAGAGUGGAUGCAGAAGACUUUGAAAAUAGUCGACGAUUUGGCCAGUGGCAUAGAUUUCAAGUCGAGGAUGAGAAGCAGGGGUACAGACUACUGGCCGUGAUGUACGAUACAAAUAGUGCACUAGGAGAUGGACUAUUGUGGCACAGCGGCAUGCAAUUCUCAACUAUCGACAGAGAUAAUGAUAAGCAUAAAGCUGAUGUGAAGAAGUAGCCAGCAGCACGUGAUCGCUACCACAACAAGGCUGGUGUUGGUUCCAGAAGACGUCACCGGCCCUGCACUCUGCACCCACCCCUCCCCCCCACAAAACCAUGGAAAUAAGUUGGCAAAGACGUGUCCACGCUUGACGCCAUCACAGGAGGGCUGUGUCUGCGUGGCGAUCAUGGAGGACUACUUCACCAAACGGACUGAAUGAAGCACAACCGCUGAAGGACAAGACUGCCAGAAGUGUAGCUGUCUUCAUCUGUGAGACCGUAUGUCGCCAUGGCGUGCCAGCAGCUGUCCAGAUCACUGAGCAGG